AUGGUUGCAGGGCAGCCUGGUGGAACUGCUGAAAGGGCAACCUUACUCAACUUCUUGACCCAGCCUGGCACGGCUCAAGGUCCAACGGAGGCCUUGGAGAAGCUGCGCAAAUAUUCACGUUGGCGAUCUCGAGCAGAACAGCUGCAAGUGUCCCUCCCUGCGGCAGGCCAUGAGGAUAAGGAGAAAAGGCAGCGAGUGAGGAAGGUGAAAACGGAAGAGCAGGAAGGAAUGCGUGCCCCGUAUUGGGAAGAGGACCAUCCACUGCCGCGGGCAGCACCGACCAAAAGCCAGGCUAUCGCUGCCAUCAAGUCCCUUCGCAUUUCCAAACUCCACUAUGUAGCCAAGCUCUCUAAGCCUGAGGAUGCACUCGGAGGCCUACUUGAUGGUGGCGCGACGACUUCCCUGCGCCAGGCCGUUGAUUCGUCAGAGUGGCAAGCCGCGUCUCCUGUGACAGUUCAUUUAGCAUCGGGUGAGACAGACAGUCUCCGCAUUGCGCCUUCCGGAAUUCUCCUUGCUGAACCGUCCGAGUUGUCCAAUGUGCAGAUCGCUCCAAUAGUUGCGCUUCAUCAGUUGAUAGGAUGCCCCGAAGUAAGCAAGGAAUUGGCACUGAUGAUGAUUGAGAAAAUCGAGGGUGCCGCCGGGGUCAGCAAGCCAAAUGUGAACCGCCUUUCAGGCCCGCUGGAGGAUGGACGAAUUCUUGUUAAAGUGCUGGAUGAAACCCGAGUCGAGGCAGUUGGCGACAAGCCACGCUUCAACCGUCGUUGUCGUCGCACGUUGAGCCGGUCUGAAGGGAUAGUUGUGGUUGUGGGGGAUCCGAAAGCCUACAUAGGAACUGUCCCGUCUGGGUGGAGUGUUAUCCGGUUGAGCCAUCAUGAGGUGAGGGAUACUGGAAUCCCAGCGUUCCUGUUUGAGCUGGCACAGCUAGGUCUGAUUAGGCAGGUUGUUUGCACAGACCUUCCUCGUCUUUUCCCGGUCAUUUGUUAUGGAGGCCAGUCGCCGGACGCCAAGCCUUCAAUGGAUGCGUUGGUCCUGUUGCGAUUGCUGCACCUGUGCGGCCAGGCUGAUCGUGGACGAGAGAGAGCUGGAUUUAAAGCGUCUCCCUUCCAGAACGUUCGUCAUGGAGUGGUGAAGUCGCUCAUGUAUCAUCAACACCAGUGCCGAGAGUAUGAUGGAGUAGGCCCGUAUGCCAAUGGAAACCAUGAAAAGCUAAAGAAGGUUAGAUACUGCCUGCACGCAGUGCUCACCGUUCCGGUGCUAGUGUCAGAUAUCCUUAAGCAGGAGUAUGAUUACGAGCCGUCAGACCCAGGGGAGGGUGAACAGCAAGAUGCUUCCAAUUCGCAGGUUGGGCCACUCGGAAAUGAUGGUGCCGAGUUGAGCGUUAGCGCGAUGAAGUCUUCUCCUCCGGAUGCUCAUGAUGUCCCUGGUGCGUGGGAGGUUCCUGAAGAGGGUUUCGUGGAAGAUGAACUUCCUAAGAGAGUAGGUGAUGGUGACGCUAUGUCUGAGAAGGGCGAGGAUGAUGAUGAUGAUGGUGCGGCAACCGGUGAAGUUCCUUUGAAGGAGGUGCGUAUGCUCGAGGUGCCGUACAUGAUACCGCUGCCAGAUAAGAAAGCCAAGACCGUUACCAACGCCUUAAAAGAAGUCCUUGCCGACCUUGCUUAUUGGGGGCUCCCUGUACGUAGAGUCCAUACUGACAAAGGAGCAGAGUUCACAAACGUGCUCUGGCGCCAGCUUCUAGCUGAUCAUCAGAUCCGUCGGACAACAACCGUUGGCUCGGACUUUAAAGCUAAUGGGCGCACUGAGGCUCACAUAGGACGUGCAAAGGGACUCACCCGAGUGCUGCUUGCAGCGGCAUCCGCAGAUGAUGCUGAUUGGGCCUUUGCUAUGCGGCAUGCUGUCUUCAGUAUGAGGUCGCAGGUCUUUACCAGCUUGGGUUUCCCACAACGCGAACCGAUCCCCUUUUAUACCAAGGUCUGGGUUCGAAAGAAGGAAUGGACUCUUCACCUUUGGGCACCGAGGUGCAUCGAGGCUCGCGUCAUGUCUCCCUCUGAAUCCGCACCGGGUGGUUAUGUAGUGCAUCUUCAGCCAAGCCACCCUGCUGAUGAUGGUAUCCGGGGUUACUUCGAAACCACCGCGUUGAUUCAAGGAGUAAGGGCUAAGGAACCAGUCUUUGAAGCCUCCGGGGAGGUCUCGGUUGUUCCGCCUAGCGAAGUGCGAAAAGGGAUGCCGGUGACAGAGGAAUCAAGCAAAACUCCCGCCCAUUCCAUGCCAUCUGGUCCAUCGUCUCGGCUGCGUCGUAAAACUCCCGACCCCUUGUGCCUUGACCCUCCGCAUGCGGUGCGAGCUCUGGUUGCCUCUCUUGAGGCCCUCUCGAAAGAUUUGCUGCAUCGCGGAUUAUAUGACAGUGCAUCGUGGACUCAGGUGUUGCGCCUUCUGCCACAUAAGCCAAUCCGAAGGGGUUCUGUGUCGGCCCUGGGUUCUGGGGCUCGGUAUCGCAGCUUUGGGAUGUUUGCGCAUGGGGGAGUCCUAGGCGUUACAACGGCCAGUCGUCAGUUCCCGCAUACUCAGCGUUACCUCCUCGCUGUAUUGCGACAUCAUCACCCACAAGCUACAUUUACUUCCUUUGUGGUGUCGGUGAAUUGUAGCUCUCCGGUCCACCGAGACUAUUUCAACGACCCGGAUAGCUUGAAUUAUGUUGUUGGCGGUGCCGAGCAUUUGCGUGGCGGGCUUUGGAUCGAGGUAGGUUCGGAGGUUGCCCGCUCUGCGGCUCCGGGUGCUUUGCAUUUUCGCGAGGUUGCGCCGCGCAGGUGGCUGCCUGGAAUGAUGUGGGAUACGGUAGGUGCAUCGUUCUCCUUUCCCCCGCACCGAUUUCAUGCCGGGGACUCGUGGUCAGGCCAGAAGUACCUCCUGGUUGCAUUCACUCUCAACCGAUGUGUGCGGGCCUCUUCUUCGGUCGUCACGGAGCUAGCUUCUGCGGACUUUCCGUUGCCCUCUUGCUGCCCUGCGUUUGACGCAGGGGGGGGAGCCCACAGUAAAUUUUCGCUGAACGCUUUGAUUGGCCCGCAUACUUCAGCUCAAGAGCCUUCCUCCGGUGCUGGACUCUCGGUCUCUGUUGACGAGGUUGAUGCAGUGUCUGACUUUAGCGAAGAGGCUUCUGGUUUGGAUAGUGUCGGCAAGGUUGAGUCGGAGUUGUGGUUUGAGGCUGCUGAGAAAGUGUCCUUCCUUCAGGUUGAGGUCAAACGCGAGCUUGCGUUGUGGAGGCCAGCGAUUAGUGCAGAAUAUGACAGCCUCCGAGUGAAAGGACGCGUUGUGCUGCGUUUGCCCUCAAAGGGAGUCUUUACUCGCAAAGCGGUGACAGGAGGAAUCGAUGCAAGUGCCCUACGAGUGUCACUGGCGUUCAUUUCCCAGCACCCUGAUUGGGAGGAGCUUAUCGUACUGGAUCCGCCCCGCAUCUUUCAGCUUGCCGGUGUAGUAAGUAAAUGGGUUGGGGACACGGUCAUAUGCUUGAGACAGCUAGUUUCCGAGCCAAAUGCCUGGCUGCUCGUGGCAGAGUCGGAAGGCAUUGUCGGCCUUCUGGUCGUCUAUGUCGACGACUUAAUGGUUGGAGGGGUGACAAAGUAUGCGUCCGCAAUCCUGGCCGAAAUCCGCAGCAUCUGGCAAUGCUCUGAGCCGGACCAGCUAAGCCCUAAGAGCCCUGUGCGCUUCUGUGGUGUUGAGAUAGAGAGGCAAGGCCGAGCGCUCUUAAUCCACCAGGCAUCAUACAUAGAGGAUGUUGUUAAGCGCUAUGAGGAGAGUCUUGGGGCUCCACUUGUGGAGACUUCGUGUCCUUUUCCAAAGGUUCAAGACCCAGAGGAGCCGGAAUCUUCUUCCCCAGUUGCUUUGAGGAAGGCCCAGGCACUUGCAGGUGAACUUUUGUGGGUGUCAGGGAAGACCAGGGUUGACAUUGUCUAUGGAGUUGCGAGGGUAACAUCAUUGGUGAGUCGGUGCCCGGAGCUUGCGUUUAAGCUCGGUCUACACAUCCUCUGCUAUCUUAAGGGCACUAAAAGGAUCGCUCUGAAGUACCAGUGCACCGAUGACCAGCCUCCCCAUGGUGUGCAUAAUGAGCGUCGUGUCACGGCCCUUCCUUACCUGCUUGAAUCUUUCACCGAUGCCAGCUUCGCUCCAGCUGGAGACAGAAGCUUCGAAGCCGGCCUUGUACAAGUCGGUCGCAACUUAGUCUUCUGGUCUGCAGGCAAGCAGCCGUUUACGGCUCUCUCCACAGCAGAAGCCGAGCUGCUUGGAGUUCUAGAGGGGGGAUUCCGAGGUUUCCAGCGUGUCAGGCCCAAGGAAAGGGAGGAGUCGAAGGAUCAAAGCAGGUCUCUACCCUGA